CUGCUGCUUUGCGCUUUCCAACAUACCGUGUAACUGCGCUCGAGACACAAACCGAUCGAGACCCCGGUCGAUCGCGCGGCGAUUUUUCGAGAGUGGAUUUUCCUGUCUUUCUUCGUGUGUUUGUUUUUUUUGUUUGUCUGUCCUCGAGUCAGAUUCGUGACAGCUUACGAUGCUGGACCGAUCACUGGCAGGGAUCUUGCGUGCGUGCGUGCGAAAUCUGUAGAGGAACAAUCCGAAAAAAAAUCUGGUUUCCAUCCGACGUCGUUGAAGUUCGAAACCUGUUAUCUGUGAAAUAUUGCCCGGUCCGUUCCUCAAGCGCACUGGUGAAAUUCGGUUGGAUUCAGCGACAUGAGAAUCGAGAGUAAAAUGUGAUCGCAGUGUACUCGUCCUACGAGGGUUCCUUUUAAGGAACGUUAAGUGAAUAAUCAAGUGCUCGCUGGUGAAGUGGAAAUUUUGUGAUAAUUAAACAGAAACGCCCAAUAAAGAACGUGGUGUAAAAAUUCCAGUAACCUGCGACGUUAAUUAACGAUCUCACACUUCUGAUAAAUAGGCAAGUUGCGAAACCGGAGCCGAGUGUGGAUGUGCCCGUAAACAGACCGAUGGUAGUCAAGUGUCAGUGCUAUUUGUUUCCGAUCAACUUUUAAUUAAUUAAUUACCGGUGACACCCGUUGAACCCCACUGAACGUGUGAAGAUCUUCCUGUACCGCAGCUGGCAGUGUACGAUUUCACCGGCGACAAAACUAACCAGAGUGAAGUGGAGUGACAGUGACAGUGCCAGUGGCAAGUGCGAAACCUUGACCGCGUUGACCCCAGUCCCUGUGUCGCUACACCACAGCCACUGUCCACCAUCAUCCGCAAGGGAACCUGGUUCCGUGAAGGCGCCACGGCACCGCGGCCGGCCUCCGCUUCCUAUAUGAUGUUGAUAGGGUCCGCCAUCGGGAGUGAGUUCGCACAGCUGCCGACCAGUGGAGCCGCCCCGUGGAGCAUGGAACCGCCGAGGGCACCCGGGGGGUUGCCCCCAGGCCAACAGCAACCACCACCGCCGACGAUGCAGCUGUCACCGACCGUUGGUCUCUCGCCGAACCUGCCCUCGCCCGGAUCCGUUCCGACGACGACGAACCUGUUCGGAGCGGCCGCGGCAGCUGCUGCCGCCGCCGGCAAUCCCGCCAACGCGCAUGCCCUGGCCGGGCUGGUGUCGCAGCAUCGGCUGCUGGAACUGUCCCGCUUUGGGCUGCGCGGGUACGAUCUGGCCCAGCAUAUGCUGACCCAGCAGGGUGCGGUGUCAAAGCUGUUAGGUACCCUGCGACCACCCGGUCUGAUCGGUGGGUCCAAGCCGAAAGUGGCGACACCGGCCGUCGUCUCGAAAAUCGAACAGUACAAACGGGAGAACCCGACCAUCUUCGCCUGGGAAAUCCGCGAGCGUCUCAUCUCGGAAGGCGUCUGCACCAAUGCGACCGCCCCGUCGGUGUCGUCUAUCAACCGCAUCCUACGAAAUCGAGCUGCCGAACGGGCGGCAGCGGAAUUCGCUCGCGCCGCCGGCUAUGGAUUGUAUCCUCCACCACCGUACGGGGGUUUCCCCUGGCCGGCACCAACACACCUGUGGCCACCGGGCCAAUCGCUGCCGGGAAUGACUCCGCCGGGAAGCAGUAGUAACUCCACGCCGGUCACGUUGGGAUCGCCCGGUUCGGGCUCGCAUGACACCCUCGGCAGUCCGGAUGGCAACCGACUGAUUGGUGAGUUUGAUAUCGAAGGAGAGGACUCGAACAGUUUGGACGGGGAUCAACCAAAGUUUAGACGGAAUAGGACGACGUUCACGCCGGAACAGUUGGAAGAGCUGGAGAAAGAGUUUGACAAGUCGCACUACCCGUGUGUGAGUACGAGGGAACGGCUGGCAUCACGAACGUCGCUCAGCGAAGCCCGCGUACAGGUUUGGUUUUCCAACAGACGGGCGAAAUGGCGACGUCAUCAAAGAAUGAAUCUUUUAAAAAGGUCCAGUUCCCCGAGUUCCCGAGCAGCGGCAGCAGCAGCAAGUUCCGCUUUCACCCCUGGUUCCCCGCCGCCACCAGGAUCGGGAUCGGUCACCGGAGUCCAACCGCUGGUGGGCCUCACGGGAGCACAUCACCAAAACCAGUCAACCUCACCGGCAGUGGGAACGUCAUCUCACCAGGCGCAGGCAGCGGCAGCAGCAGUGGCAGCAGCUCAAGCGGCGUCAUUAGUCACAGCAUCAACUCCAUUAUUAAUGGGCGGUGAGCAUAGUGCGUUCCGCUCCCUGGUACCCUCCUCGGCGGCGGCCCUAUUCGCCGGAUUGACCCGUUCGUAUGCGGCCACCGCAGCAAGUUGUUCCUCGAACCCAUCGGCAAGCCCCAUCCCCAGUGAGUCGGACGAAGAAAUCAACGUACACGACGACGAGUCCGACAUCGAAGUGUCCAGCCGUAAUGGUCGCGAAGGAUCCACCCCACUGCAGCUAACCAAACACGAACGGCACUAGGACAGCAGGCCGGUAGUACUCAAUAUCCAAGCAAUUAUGUAAAUAUUACGGUUCCUCGUUCCGAAAUUCUUCGGAAUGGCCGACAAACCCACACACAAACACACCCACGAAACCCGUCCGUUCUAUUCUAUUCCUCCCUCAUUCAUAGGCUAUAAUAUAGGCGCGUACAACACUCAUGGUGCAAUUUAGAUAUCAUUCUUUCCCCCUUGUUACUACUGUUUAGCUUCCAACAUGGCCGGCCAUCGGACGCGCCCGCACUCACCGGUAAUGUAAAAGGAAACCCUAGAAAUUAAAUAGCCUUGCCCAGGCGCAAACACGAUUACCCCUCGUUUUCAAAUUACCAUCAGUGCCAACAUAGUUGGCCAUGAAUCACACACUUUUACCGGCCGGUGUGGUUCGCAUUUGACAGCGUCGCCUCACCUCGCCGACGCCGACAGACGGUGCUGAAAUAUGGCGUACCGUUCCGUUUAAGUUAGUAUGAGUGUCGAAUUCAACACGCACGGUGGCAGUCAGUCGAUCGGUAGCAUGAUGGCGCAUUUCACCACGCGUUGGUUUUUCCCGUCCAUGUUUACUACUACAAUUGACAGAUGGAAUGUAAAGCAAAACUCGAACACGCGUGACAUUUAAGCUGGCCGACGGGACGGGACUCUACGCACUUGACAGGCAACCAACCAACGGACGUCUUGUUUGUCUAACAACGCAAACAAAUGAAUACAAAUUAGCUUAAUCAACUUUUCAAACCGCAAAGUAGGUUUCCUAAAUGGCUAAUGCCGACCGACCGACCGACCGACGGGACCGGAUUAGUACACUUUGCUACCGCCAGAACGAGUAAACAUUCCGGCUAUUUGCUUUCAAAGUGCUAUUAAGGCGCAAGUCCGUAACCGUCACAAUUUUCAGCCGAGUAUUUAGCACCCAAAAAGUAAAACGAUUGCGUGAAUGCGUCAUCCUCCCGAUCCCGACGAAUUCCUUUCACACCCACCUUUAGCAUUCGAAAUGAAAUGCUGAAACCAUGCUGUCACGCAAACAUUCUGUGGCACAUGUUUACCGGUUAAUUCGGACCUUCGGUCACAGAUAAACAGACUGACUUAUUAUUCACUAGUUUAUCUUUUGCCACGCGUUUUAUUGUAGCAGAGAAUGUUUGCGUAUUUGGCGAAUGGUAGCACUUUUUCAAUGAAUUAAGUUAAAAACUGUUUGCAAAAUACUUGCUUUCCAGAAAAUUCUUCAAAGAGCCGUGUCUGUUUGUCUGUGAUUCGGUAUAGCAAAAUGGGCAAGGUUGAAAAAUUGUAAAUAACACACAAAUUUCAAAAUUCCAAAUUUUCAAAGUGCGUACAUCAAAGUGAGUUUAAAUCCAAGUUUGAAAUUUAGAUGAAAUUCUUUCUAUAUUUAAGGUGAAAUUAGUCGUCAUCGGUUCUGCAAAUUUUAAAAGCAGUUUUUUUGUUGGAGACAAUAAUUCUGUGCAUGAAAAUAUAUUCGCUGUGUUCAGAUUGGCAAGAAGACUGCACCCAAAAACUGCUUCCGAAAUUAGGCUUUUCGACAAAAAGUUAAUUUCCCGUUAAUUGAGCAAUUUCCAGGUGAAAUCUGUCAAAAAAAAUUAAAAUCUUGCAUGACUCUCUCGGACUCUCUAGAUUGAAAUUUUCAACGUGUCUUUUCUUCAGUGAAGGUUAUCAUUCUUUGCUUAGAGGUCAAUUGAUCAUUUCGACGCGAGUCUAAUUUUUAAAAAGGGCGACCAUCGACUCUCGAUAAUGUACGCACUUUAUCGCACUAAUUAGUUAUCGAAAAAAACACACUAAAAACGAAAAAAACUGACACACAUCGAAACCGAAAAACCGAACACCCCUGGCUAAUCAUUUAUCUUAAUUAGUCUCCGAAUCGCGCGCGCUGUAAACAAAAAAGGCAGAAGCUAAAAUCCACCAUCCCUCUCCUCCGGGGGGUUGGGGGUAGGGUAGCUGGUAUUGGUCAAGUUACUAGUGAACAACACAACAGCAGUAGAUCCGCACCCAUUAUUAUCACCAGAAAGCAAAAAUACUUGGAAAAUUUGCAAACAAACAAACUAACCAAGCCAGCAGUGAAACACCCCUCGCUCCGCUCGGUGUUGUAGUUCCACACAGUUAUUCCACCUACCUUUUCCCCUCCACCGCACCUCAGCACAGGCAGUUUGCCAUCCAUACACAAACACACCCCUGGUAAGAACAAGGCAAAUGGUAAUUAGUGAGAUUGUAAAUAGCUGCUUUUUUAUCGCGAUACAAACAAACUAGCUAGCUAACUAGCUUGCAAGCUAGCUAAAAACAGCAGUAGAAUAGACAACAGUGCGAGAGAAGAUUGCGUUUGUUAUCCAUCCUAUCCCUCCAACAGGAAAGGAAGACAUGGAUACAGCUGAUAAUGAUGAUAGCGACGGUGUUGAUGUUGAUGAUGAUGAUGAUGAAAAUCCACAUAAUAGGCAAAGAAGGAAGAAAAAAAAUAAACACAUUAGAAUGUGACGCGCGCGCCAGAGAGUGUUAAAUAGAUAAGCAAUUUUAAAGUAAAUUAAUUGAGUUGUACCGCAAACUGGACACGAAACACACAUACAAAGUACUAGGGUUAAUUAAAUUAUGUAUUUUAUUUAGUGCGAUAAGCGUUACUUGAACUGCUCCUGUUGCGCCGGAGAAAGCCGCCAACCGAAGGCAGAAAAUAGCGAAAAGGAGGAAAAAUAAUUUAGACGAUGAAUAAGAGAGCGAAAACAAGGAUUGCGAAACAAGUGGUGAUCGUUUGUAGCAAAAUCGAUAAUGAAAACUCGUGUUAUUAGUGUAAGUAAUGCAAUUUAUUUUGAUGAA